AUGGAGGACUUGGGAAUGGAUGGAUCGGAAAGUGCCAGGAAGACAGGGAUCAGAGAAAGUGCAACAUUGACCAGAGAUGUACUUGAGCAACAUUUUAAUGAUUUGAAAGGGACUCUAAAGAAGCUGUUGGAUGAGCGACUGAUAUCACUGCUGCAGGAAGUGGAUGCUAUAGAACAAGAAAGCAUCAAACCCUUGGAUGAAUGCCAGAAGCUAAUAGAGCAUGGAGUCAGUACGGCUGAAGAUCUGCUCCGGGAAGGAGAGAGUGCAGUCCAUGGAGAUGUGGGACAACAGAAUGAGAAACUUUGCAGCUUUACAAAAAAAGCUUUACAUAUUCAGCUAGAUAGCUUACCAGAAGUGCCCUCCUUGGUUGACGUGCCUUGUUUGUCUGCCCAGUUGGAUGACUGCCUUCUUACUAUAUUGAAAAAUCAAAUAUUCAGACACGGAACUGUGGCAUCGCGCCCACCUGUACAGCUAGAGGAAUUUGUUGAGAAGCCUGGGGGUAUUUUAGUCCGAUGGUGUAAGGUGGAUGAUGACUUCAUACCACAAGAUUACAGGCUGCAAUAUCGUAAGAGUACUGCCAGUCAGUUUGAAGAUGUGUAUGUUGGCUCGGAGACAGAGUUCAUAGUGCUGCAUAUUGAUCCUAAUGUUGAUUACCAGUUCAGAGUCUGUGCCCGAGGAGAUGGACGGCAAGAGUGGAGUCCGUGGAGUGUUCCUCAGAUCGGCCGUACCACGCUAGUUCCCCACGAAUGGACAACUGGUUUGGAGGGUUACAGCUUGAGCAGUCGAAGAAACAUAGCACUUCGAAAUGAUUCUCAGUCGUGCGGUGUGCUCUACUCGAAAGCUCCUACGUAUUUCUGUGGGCAAACAUUAACAUUCAGAAUUGAAACCGUGGGACAGCCAGACAGACGAGACAGCCUAGGAGUGUGUGUGGAGCAGCAGAACGGCUACGACUCUUUGCAGCGGGAUAAAGCUGUGUGCAUUAGCACAAAUGGAGCAGUAUUUGUAAAUGGAAAAGAAAUGACAAACCAGCUGCCUGCUGUUACUUCUGGAUCGACUGUGACGUUCGACAUGGAAGUUGUGCAGUUAGGGCCUUCCAGCAACGAGGGAGGAAACUUCAAGCUUAGAGUAACCAUUAGCUCUAACAACAGGGAAGUGGUCUUUGACUGGGUACUUGAUCAGUGCUGUGUCUCUCUGUAUUUUGGAUGUUCGUUUUCAUAUCCAGGCUGGAAAGUUUUGGUGUUUUAGCAGUGAGUGAAUGGAUUUUUGUUCUUGCUAUAAAGUGUAAUGUUAAAACCUGAGUUU